AUGCUGCCCGAACAGGUCGACCAUUCUCCGACAAGAUCCUCCAAGUCCAAUAAUAACCACGCAUCUUCGUUUCAUAAGCUCGCAGUGCAAGCCAAGAAAAAAGCCCACAGCAUCACCACCGCUCCUCUUCGAGAGUUGAAUUCACAAAAGUAUCUGAACAGUCUUCACGGCAUCCUUGUCCUGGAAAGCAUCCUAUGGAUACUGUUUCACACCUUCAUUCCUGGCCUCACCACUACCGACAUCCCCUGCCCAAACUAUCAGCAGAUUCUUCGAAAAAUUUUCGAGGUCCUCUUUUGGGAAUAUAGCUUCAUCGCUUCAUUCUUCCUGAUCCUCUCCGCUCGAGUAAUCUGCAUUCCCUUCCUGGCCGACUCGUCAUCGACCAACUUUGCUCGGAGUCUCAUCCGGCGGCCCAUUGAGAUCGGCCUCCCUCUUUUCGUCGCAGCAGCGGUGGCCUUCCUGAUCUUCAACCAGACAGGGACGGACACCAUCACCGAAUUCGCGACCAACUAUUCCAACCCACUUGUCCAGCCCGUCUAUCUCCCCCCAACCGGCCUCGCACUCGUCAACAGCAUCUACAACACGCUAUGGAUGGUGCGAGACUUCUCCACGCAAGCCGCCAACCGCGCCUGGCCCUCCAUGACGCUCUGGUCGCCAUCUCUGAUCUAUUCGCAGUCCUAUACCGUGUACAUCGCGAUGGCGAUUCUACCCUUCACGCGCCCUCGCUGGCACGUGCAAGGUCUCGGGUUCUUCAUCCUUGGCGCCUGGUGGCUCAACAGCUGGGGCUGGUACAGCGCCACGGGCCUCCUGCUCGCCGACAUCAGCAUCCACCCGAUCCUCAAGGCCGACUUCCAGUACGGCUUCAACAUGACCGAGAAAUUCCGCGUGCGGAACGGCUUCAUCGGAGGCUUCCUGGCCGCGGCCGGCUUGGCCAUGAAAUAUGUCUGGGUCGCCGCACGGCCGGAUCUGAGGAACGCCGAGUUGAAAAGCCACCCGAUUUUCUAUUUCUCCGAUAAAGUCUCCUUCGAGACGUUCGACAAGUCGGCGCCCUAUCCGAGGAAUGACAAUUAUCUGCUCAUUGUAGGUAUCUUGCUUCUCGUCGAGACCUUGGAACCGGUCAAGAGCUUCCUGGCCGGUAACAGGACGUUGCUCUUCUUUGGGAAGCGGUCAUUUAGCUUCUUCACCGCGCAAAGCAUCUUCGUCUACACCAUCGGCAUGAAAUUAGCGCUGCACCUUCGCACAGCGCGCGACUUGUCGAUCUCUUCCACGAAUGCAAUCACCAUCUUCACGCUCAUUCCAUGCAUCUUGCUAGGCGCAGAACUGUUUUAUCGACUGGUGGAUGUCCCGACCGCGUUUCGUGGUCGUACUACUCGAGGAUUCUGGACCUGGAUUCUGGAUCUCCAUCUGCAAAGCCAGCAGCACCUUCAAUCAUCCCAGACGCCGCCCUCAAAGGUCCAACCGAUAGGCUGGCCAAGAAUCCGAAGUCCCAGAACCUACACGGCUUGCCAGAGAGAGAAUCCUUCGCUUAUUCAUGGCCGAACAUAUGGGGUCACGGAGAUGAGACUCAAGAACUCCAUCCGCGGUCCUUCACCACUCCGUGAUGCACUGCGAGGCCGCUACAAUCUCCUCGGAACAUCACGCAGCUGGAGCGCCGCGCAGAGUGAUCUCGCUCAAAGAUUUCUGCAGAGGGAAUCCACCUGCGGUCUGCCGUGCGUGAAGAUUGCCGAAAACAGCUUCCGAUUGACAGGGAAGGAGAAGUUGCUAGGCCCUGAGCACACGUCGACACUCACCAUUGUGAACAACUUAGGCAAUAUAUACCUCAAACAGGGCAAACUGGCCGAGGCGGAGCAGAUGUACCAACGGGCAUUGGCAGGGAAGGAGAAGAUGCUAGGCCCGUCGAUUUUGUCUCGUUGA